CCAUCCUAUUCGUGCGUGUGUGUGUGUGUGUACUUAUCAUUUUAUUUCGAAUGUUUGCCAAGAAUGUUUGUUUGUCAGACUUAACAACGAUAAAGCCAUGAAAAUGGUGAUGAUCAAUAGCUGCAUAUAAAAAACUUAUCAUAGAAAAUAAGCUCUCUCAAGAAAAAAAAACUCUUUCAAAGAAAUUGCAUAAAUAAAUUAGUUUUCCCAUAUUUGUUCAUUGAAAUUUACAAAAACAACAAGAACAAUGUCUCAUUUUAAAAACAAAAAAAAGUACAAGAAUCAAAACAACAAAAAUGAUGAAACAUCGAAAAUGAUACCAUCCGACCUUUAUAAUGAGGUACCCAAGUUUGUCGACAAAAACACCUUAUUGGAGUAUAUGGAAAGUAUUCAACAAAUUAAUGACAGCAUUAUCAAAGAAUUGAAACAAGCUUAUGAUGAGAAAUUUCGACCAUUUGAAGAAAGUUUUCUUUAUAAAGAUUUUCCAUAUGCCACUCCCCUCGAUGAUGCUUUUUUCAGAGCAAAGCCAAUGAUUUUAUUAAUUGGUCAAUAUUCAUCCGGAAAGUCUACAUUUGUCAAGUAUUUGAUUGAUAAGGAUUACCCAGGAAUUCGAAUUGGUCCGGAACCAACUACCGAUAAAUUUGUAGCAGUGAUGCAUGGUGAAGAGAAUUCCAUUAUUCCAGGAAAUGCAUUAGUUAUCGAUGAUCGAAAACGAUUCAAACCGCUGAUGAAAUUUGGUGGUAAUUUUUUAAAUCGUUUUCAAGCAGCCCAAGUCAACAGUACUGUACUCAAAGGACUAACUAUUAUCGAUACACCUGGCAUAUUGAGUGACAACAACAAUAGUGCAGGAUAUGAUUACAAAGGUGUUAUAGAAUGGUUCGCUCAACAAUCAGAUAGAAUUUUCCUUUUUGUCGAUGCACAUAAAUUGGAGCUAUCAGGAGAUUUUCAAAAAAUUGUAGAAAUGAUUCGAAAAUAUGAUGAUAAGUUACGAAUAGUUUUGAACAAAACUGAUCUAGUUAAUGAACAAGAAAUGAUACGCAUAUACGGUGCUCUAAUGUGGUUUCUUGGUCAAAGUUUGGAAAUGAAAGAAGUAAUACAAAUAUAUGUUGGAUCAUUUUGGGGUAAACCAUUCCGUGAUGAAAAACGACGAAAACUAUAUGAAUAUGAAGAGUUCAGGAUUUAUGAAGACUUGUCAAAUCUUCCUCAGGAAAGUUUACUGAGGAAAAUAAAUUCACUUGUUCAAAGGACCCGACAAGUAUCAAUGCAUGCAUGCCUAAUCUCCAUGUUUAAAGAUAAUAUCCGAAGAACCUCACUACUUCGAUUCAUUUUUGACAAACAAAUAAAGAGGAUAUAUCUGAGAAAAUUGCACAAAAUACGGGCAAAAGUUGAAAAACAAUACAAUUUUUCGCGACAUGAAUCACCCGAUCUUAAUCAAAUGAAACAGGCGUUGAUGAGAAUAAAUUUGAAUCGAACAAAAACGUUCAAUAAAAAAUUAUUCGCCGCCAAAGAUGUAUUCAUCAAUGAAAAUUUGCCCGCCAUCAUAGACAGAAUAAACAAUGGAAAAUUCCCGAAAAUGUCUUUCGAGGCGAAUAAUGAUGGAACACCAUUUGGUUUUGCAAAAGGCGAAGGCUUUGAUGAAGGCUCGACCGAACCUGGUAAUUGGAUUGUGGCCAAGUAUCGAGAAAAUUAUGAGCCAUUAUUUAACGAAUUGAAAAUUGGAGCAGGAAAAGUUACAGCUUCAAAAGCAAAAGCGGAAAUGCUCAAAUCCAAUCUGCCGGCUAAAAUUUUGAACAAAAUCUGGAAUAUGUCGGAUAUUGACCGUGACGGUAUGCUCGAUCGUGAUGAAUUUGCAUUGGCAAUGUAUUUAGUCAGCGUUACACUUAAAAAUUAUGACUUGCCCGAACAAUUGCCAAGACAUUUGUUACCACCAUCGAAACGUGCAAUCAUUACAAAUAAACACUGAAUUAAUAUUAAUAAUAAUAAUAAGAAAAAUUAAAAUCCAAAAAAUUUUUGAA